GAGAGCGCGGGGUGCCCACUAUCUCAACCCAAGCUCUCGGAGCGCUCCAGAGAGAUCAGGACCAUGUCCCGGGCUGGGGACAGAGGCAAAACCCUGGCGAGAUGGCUGGGCACUGGGCUUUUGGGUCUCUUUCUGCUCCCUAUGUCCAUGUCGUUGGAGGUGUCUGUGGGAAAGGCCACCACCAUCUAUGCUAUCAACGGCUCGGCGAUCCUGCUGCCCUGCACCUUUUCCAGCUGUUUUGGCUUCGAGAAUCUUUACUUCAGGUGGUCCUACAAUAACAGCGAUACAUACAGGAUUCUCAUAGAUGGCAUUGUGAAGAAUGAGAAGUCUGACCCCAAGGUGAGGGUGAAAGAUGAUGACCGAAUCACCCUGGAGGGCUCCACCAAGGAGAAGAUGAAUAAUAUCUCCAUCUUGCUGAGUGACCUGGAGUUCAGUGACACAGGCAAAUACACCUGCUUUGUGAGGAACCCCAAAGAGAAGGACUUGAACAACUCUGCCACUAUCUUCCUCCAAGUGGUUGAUAAAUUGGAAGAAGUGGACAACACGGUGACACUCAUCAUCCUGGCUGUGGUGGGCGGGGUCAUUGGACUUCUGGUCUUCAUCCUGCUGUUGAAGAAGCUCAUCACCUUCAUCCUCAAGAAGACCCGAGAGAAGAAGAAGGAGUGUCUUGUGAGUUCCUCUGGGAAUGACAACACAGAAAAUGGACUGCCUGGCUCCAAGGCAGAAGAAAAGCCACCCACAAAAGUGUGAGGCCCUGCUCCGGGCCAAGCAGUGCAGGGAGCCUCACUUUCAGAUGGUGACACCGAGGCCCGAGUCCUGUCUGCAGACCCACCUACUGAGAUGUGUGCUGCUUGGCCCCAACUGUAGUCUCUCUGAGCAGGAAGGACCUGAUCCUGUCCUGCUCAGCCUGAGCUACCAUUCUCCCCACAGCCAGGGCUUCCCGGGGGCAAGGGCUGGCUGGGGAAAGAAGCCUAUGGAGGUU